AUGCUUGGGAAAAAUCCAAAGCAAUGGCAUGAGAAGUUAUCAGAAACCCUGUGGGCAUAUAGAACUUCAAAAAGAGAGGCAACUGGCAUGACCCCUUAUGCUCUGACUUAUGGCCAUGAUGCAAUUCUGCCUAUGGAAAUAGCAGUCCAGUCCCUCAGAAUUGCUCAUCAACACAAUUUGGUUGGAGAAGACUACUCUCAAGCCAUGCUGCUAGAACUGGCAGGAUUAAGCUUACAACAGGCUGUGUCAAGGGCUUAUAACAAGAGAAUUAGAAACAAGAGUUUUGAAGAGGGAGAAAUAGUCUGGAAAGCAGUUCUGCCCCUUGGAACACACAUAGUUGGAUAUGGAAAAUGGUCACCUACAUGGGAAGGCCCCUUCAUAAUUAAGCAAAUUCUCAGAAUGGGGGCAUACAGAUUGAAGGAUCGAGAUGGAGACGUUCAUGCUGGGCAAACAGAUCCUAGAAUAGAGAGGGAACGAAAUAAAACUGUUGUUUGA